AUGCCAAUUGUUAAAGCAGAUAAGUCGCCUGGCCUCCUCGCUACAUUCAAGCUCGGCCCUGUUGUCGAUUCUGGCGCUUUGCCAGACUUGACUUCUUGCGUUGAUGAUCUGCGAACGGAUACUGGCGAGCUUGACCUCGAAGCCAUCACCGCCGCUUUUAGGGACUAUAGCUUCCUGGCCAGUGCGUAUCUGUUGGAGCCAUGUUGGGAGAUGUGGUCAAAGGACAAUGAAGCUGGCUACGGUUUGGGUAGAGCUAUCCUGCCAAAGUGCAUAGCGUCGCCGCUGGUGAAAGCCGCGGACAUCCUUGACAUCCCGCCAUUCAUGUCCUACGCAGCUUCAUAUGCGCUAUAUAAUUACUCUCUUGUCAAUCCUAACAUCGGCGCAAGUGUAUACGACAAUCUCCGCCUCAUCCGCGCGUUUGAACGCGGUCUUGAUCCGUCAAGCUCAGAAGCCGGCUUCAUCUUGACCCACAUCCACAUGGUCCAGGAAACAGGACCCUUGAUGUCUGGUGCGGUCGAAUUGCUCUCGACCAUCGAAAACUCUCCGAACGAUGUAUCUUCCGCAAUCUCGGCAUUCCAAACAAUGCUCUCCACCAUGGCCCGCAUCGAAUCCCACAUGGAACAAAUGUGGACGCAUUCCCUUCCCAAGGACUAUCUUUCAUACCGCACAUUCAUCUUUGGAAUCACUUCACAAUCCAUGUUCCCCGACGGGGUGAUCUACCAAGGCACCCGCUACGGGGACGCCAAACCGUUGUAUUUCCGCGGCGAAUCCGGCGCAAAUGACAGUAUCAUUCCUCUCUUGGAUCAUCUGAUGGAGAUACCCAUGCCGAGCAAUCCGCUCACGGAGAUCCUGAGAGACUUCAGGAGCUACCGACCAAAGACACACAGGGAAUUUCUGGCGUGGGUCAUGAGUAAAAGCGCAGAGCUUGGUGUGAGACAGUACUGUACUCAUCCUACUACUACUUCGCAGGAGACGCAAGCUCGCGGUGAUGCGGUCAUGGACGAGGCCAGCGCAUUGCUCUUGCCGGCACUCUACCUCAAAUUGCUUGACCAUGUGCGCAGUUUUCGCUGGCGGCACUGGUUGUUUGCGAGAGAAUAUAUUAUCAAGCGAUCCUCACACCCCACCGCCACGGGAGGGUCUCCCAUCGUUACAUGGCUUCCGAAUCAGUUGUUUGCGGUCAUGGAUUUGAUGGAAGAUGUGUAUGGUGAGAGCGGGUUGAAGAGAGUGGUGGAGCAGGGCACGGGAGAAACGACAGAGACAAGGGUGGUCAGGGAGAUGAUGCAGAAUGUGUCCAGCCAGAGGGACAAGCUGGACAAGGAAGUCAAGAAGUAUUGUGCGGAAAGGGGUGCUUGA